UCUCAAGAUCGAUGGGGUUGGUGGUGGUCAUAUCUCUUCCUCUAAUUUUCUUCUGCCUUCUUCUCGGAUUCGGCUGCUACUUUCUUGGCAAAUCUCGUGGCCGUCGUGAGAUCCAUACAAAUCCUCAGGUGUAUGGAGCUCCUGCUCCACCUCCCGGUGCAAUCAUCUCCGCAGCCUCCUCUCCGCCCUUGUCUCCUUGCACCAAGCCCGACAACUCCCACAACGUCUAAUUUUCAAUCUCCUUCUCUACUGGAAGAUGCUUUUGUUUGAUUCAUUGUGAAUUGCUGUAUGAUUUUAUUUUAUUCUUUGCGAAUAUGUUCCUUUCUUGUUUGGUGGAUUUUCUUAUGUAAAUUUAGAGCAUUUAAUGUCAUUAAAAAGUUCAAGGAGUUUUAUGGUUUCAAGAAUUUGUUUCCAACAGA